AUCCAAAUCCGUUACCAUGAACGCUUAUCAACCUCCAUCUUCUUCUUCGCGGCUUUUGCUCUGCCGCGCAACAAUGGCGGUUUUCGGCGGCGCUAAUUUGGGCUCUGUUUCUUUCUCCUCUCAUCUAUUCGACCAACAGUCUUGUUUUCUCUCUUGCCCUCUUAGACUCCUCUCCUCUUCUUCUUCUUCUUCUUCAAAUAGAAAUUCUCUCCUCUGCGUCGUCAAAUCCUUCUCAGGCUCCGUCACCGCCGAUACCGAUACGAAUUCCGAUCAAUCCUCCGUCCUUUCCGCCUCCAAUUCUCUUCUCCGGGAUACCUCCGACGAUGCCGGAUCCACUCGGAUGUCUAGCGAUUGGAAAACGGCAAAGGCUUAUUGUAAGAGUGGUGAGACAUUUGAAGGUGAAGUCGAAGGCUUUAAUGGUGGAGGCUUGCUUGUUCGUUUUCAUUCUCUUGUGGGUUUUCUUCCUUAUCCACAAUUAAGCCCUUCACGUUCUUGUAAAGAGCCUCAGAAAAGCAUUCAUGAGAUAGCUAAGACUUUGGUCGGUUCAAAACUUCCUGUAAAGGUUGUUCAAGCUGAUGAGGAGAAUAGAAAGUUGAUAUUAUCUGAGAAGUUAGCACUAUGGCCAAAGUAUUCACAAAACGUUAACGUUGGGGAUGUGUUUACCGGAAGAGUAGCUUCUGUUGAGGACUAUGGUGCUUUUAUCCACUUGCGCUUCGAUGAUGGUCUUUAUCAUCUAACCGGACUAGUGCAUGUCUCUGAAGUAUCGUGGGAUUAUGUUCAAGAUGUUAGAGACGUACUACGCGAUGGUGAUGAAGUUCGGGUCAUAGUCACGAAUGUUGACAAAGAGAAAUCAAGGAUUACACUAUCCAUCAAACAACUAGAAGAUGAUCCUCUUCUUGAAACAUUGGACAAAGUGAUUCUGAAGGACAGCUCUGCGGGAUCUCCUUCGCUAAGCUCUAACAAUGGCGAUACAAUUGAACCUCUUGCAGGUCUGGAAUCAAUUCUUGAAGAGCUAUUACAGGAAGACGGAAUAGAAGCAGUGAGAAUCAACCGGCAAGGAUUUGAGAAAAGAGUGGUUUCACAAGAUCUUCAACUUUGGCUCUCAAAUACACCACCUUCUGAAGGGAAGUUUGUUCUUCUUGCACGUGCUGGAAGACAGGUGCAAGAGAUACACUUGACUACGUCUCUGGAUCAACAAGGAAUCAAGAAAGCGCUUCAGCGAGUACUAGAACGCGUCCCAUGAGAACCCCUAAGAGAUUUGCUUCUUGGCCACAAAAUUAGCUCUAUGCAUCUCUUUCAACAUUUGGUCACUGUACUUUGAUUCUUUAUCAGCACAGGCAAAUGUACUUCAAGUGGGAUCUACUAGUCCUUCAGAAAGCUAAAAAGGCAAUGCAAUUCAUUUGUAUGUUGUAUGUCACAAACUACCUAUGAAAAUAUAUGUUUAUACUCAAUUGUUUUGGUUCA